UGAUCAUGCUGCAUCGCGGCGGUUGCGUCGUGGCAUGCUGCCGACCAACCGGUCCGCCACCACCCCAGCAGAUUCCAUGCGAGCCCCGUCCCCACUUCGUUUCGAUUUCUCAGCUUGUGCGAGUCUUGGCAUGGCCUUGGUGCCGAUUGGUCCGAUGGCCGUGGGGGACCAACCCCACAACAGGGCCCCUCGUCGUCUUGGCAACGAUUGACCGAGUCCCGGUGUAUAUCUGGCAUGUCAUCUCUCCACCACCAGCUGCACCCCACCAGCUAAUCUGCCCAGAGUCUCCCAGUUACUUCCACGCACAAUGACCGCCACCAAGCCCUCCUCGCUCAAGCUCACCUACUUUGAUACCACCGGCCGUGCCGAGGCUAUCCGCCUUGCGCUGUUCGUCGGCGGCAUCGAGUUCGAGGACGAGCGCCUGAACCGUGAGCAGUUCGCUGCCAUCAAGCCCACCCUGCCCUUUGGCCAGCUGCCUGUCCUGACCGUCGACGGCGAGCACGUCAUUGCCCAGUCGGACGCCCUGCUGCACUAUGCGGGUAUCCUCUCGGGCACCUACCCUGGCAACGACGACCCCUUUGCUGCUCUGCUGGUGGAGCAGGUUCUCGGCCAGCUGGCAGACAUUGCCGUCAAGCUUAUCGAGGUUUUUGAGGGCUCAGACCCCGCCGCCAUGGCGGCCGCCUGUACCAAGCUUGCCACCGAGGUCUAUCCGCCGAUGCUGGCUGCCCUGGACAGGGUCGUGGCCAAGUACGGCGGCGAGUACUCGGUCGGCGACAAGAUCUCCAUUGCCGACAUCUCUCUCUACCACAUGUUCAGCUUGAUCUCGGGUCCUGCUCCCGAGAUGCCCUUCAUGCCCGCUGAUCUGCUGGCGCCCUAUCCUCACAUCACCAAGGUCUUCCACUCGGUCAAGAGCCAUCCGCGCGUUGUUGAGUGGCAGGCCAAGAACGCUGCUCGCAAGCAGUAAUCAAGCCGUCGCCGCUGUCGGGGUGAAGGAGCAGUGUUGCUGUGUUCAGUUUUGAUGGAUGCCACUCAGAUGUCGUCGUGAAUACACUUUUGCCAUGGAUCAGA